GUCAUCGUGUGGUGUGCGUGACUGUGUCCUUUUGUUGUACGUCUCUUGUCUGUUUUCCUCUCCUUUCCCAACUACGAAAGAUGGAGGACGAUGAAUGCCCUGAGCUUGUGUUUUCCGAUGAGCUCGAAGGGGCUGAAUUGGACAAGAAGGAUAAAGCUGUCUCGUCGCGCGUGCCUAUAACCCUGCUUGCGGGGUUUCUGGGUUCGGGAAAAACGAGUUUACUAAAGGAUAUUUUAGUUAACGGUAAAGGCCGCAAGAUUGCAGUGCUCAUGAAUGAGGUCGGUGAGACGGGAGAGUUGGAGCGUUCUCUCAUGUCUGACUUGGGCGGCGAAGAAUUGUAUGAUGAGUGGAUUAACCUCGCUAACGGCUGCAUGUGCUGCACGGUCAAGGACAAUGGCGUCCUUGCGCUGGAGAAGAUUUUGUCACAGAAGGGACGCUUUGAUAAUAUCGUAAUUGAAGCGAGCGGUGUGGCCGAUCCGGGUGCUUUGACAAAGUCGUUUUGGAUAGACGAGGCACUGGGUGCUUCUGUUUGUUUGGACGGUGUUGUCACGGUUGUUGAUGCUACUAACUUAGACGCUGUGCUUCGCGACGAGCAGAGUUUGGGUGUAGCCCAGAUUGCUCAAGCGGACUACGUUGUUUUAAACAAAGUCGACCUGGUCACUCAUGAACGGCUCGAGCGGUGCCGUCAAGUGCUUCGUGGUAUUAAUGCCGUUGCCAUUGUCGAGGAGACGACUUUUGGUCAUGUUCACGAUGUUGGGAAGCUUCUUGAUCUCCAGGCGUACGAGUCAGAGUCCUCGUUAACAAAUUUGAGUUCAUGGACGAGUACGCUUGUUUCUAAUAAGUCUUGUCAUCAUCAUCAGGACGAGUCAACUGAACACGAUUGUGAAGAGAAACUUCAUGAACACCAUCACGGUCAUGGACAGAUUACCACUCGCACCAUCCCGUUACCAUCCUCCAUGUCCCUAGAUCAAUUAGACAAAUGGGAGGAUUGGAUUCGGUCUAUUCUCUGGCGCCCUUUAGAUGAUGAUUACGACGAGACGGCGAAAGAUGCUGUGCUCGUAUACCGCUCGAAGGCAAUAUUUCGCAUGGACGAUCAAACUUGUCGAGUAUUGCAGGGAGUUCGCGAUGUGUAUGAAAUUGUUCAACCUUCCGUCACCCCAACUGAUGAAUUUACUUUGCUACAGCCCAAUCUUGUAUUUAUUGGGAAGAAUGUCGAAUUCCUCAGCGUUCCUGAGGAGCUGCUUCGGAGCAGCUAGUUGGGUCCAUUGACAAGGCUUUCAGUUACCUUUUUUUUCCGGCCCUCCUUUUCGUCUUCAUUUCGUCUUACUACAAAUUGUCUAUUGAAAAGAAAACUAGCAACAUAUAUAUAUUUAUAUAUUAGAACGGUUAAAAAUAGUCGGGCUAGCGAAAAGAAAAAAACGAGUUUGGAUGUUAUUCCCAAGAAGAUGGACCAAAGAAUUCACCAGCCGUUGCGUUCACCACCUUUCUUAUGGCUUCGCCAUUGGCAUCCAUAGUGUUCAGUGCUCCGGUGGUACCCCACCAGCUUGGAAAGUCUAUUUUUUGAAGUUGCAAGCAGAAGAAAAUGAUAAUGACACCGAUUUGGGUUCCAGUGUCCAGGCCUGCGGAAAGAUUGAAGUUGUACUUGGUCCACCAGUCGGCAAACCGUCUACGGAUGUAAUGAUUAAAGAACAAGCCGACACCACACCAGGAGUAGUAGUUCGUUGGGGUUGCAGGAGGAAUGUAUCCGGUACCGCCGAAGAACAAGGGUGCGUUUAAUUUUCCAAUAAGCGCGUUCGGCCAUUUUCUGUGAAGGGCCCAGAACAGAAUGGUAACUACUACUCCGAUAAGCCAGAACCAUUGAAGGCCGGUGUACAGACUCUUUCCAGAGAACAUUCUCUUCGGUCCAAUAACACCCCAUACGACGCUUGAGUUGAAGAAGACGGUUGCACCAGGACACGUAUAGUUAUCUGCUUGUCCUUUCUUACAGACACCAUCAAUGUUUGUGAGAGCCCAGUCAAGCACGCCAAUUUGAACGAAGCAAGACCAGAUGGUUGCAACUGUCUGGGUCCAAAACAUUGUUUUCGGAGGCAGCUUCAUGUAAUGGCCGAACUUCAAAUCGCCAACGAAGCCCAAACCCUGGGCCAUGGUAAUGUAUGUGACAGUCUUGAAAAUCAUCAUAGCCAAUGGAUGGCCAGGGUACAUGUAACCUACGAUGAAUUCAGCAAAUACAUUCAAACCGAUCUGGAUGUUGGUCACUGCUUGGACGAUACCGAUAGGUAAGAACCAAAUGAGGGCCAAGAUAAGACCAAUGAUGACGACCCAAGCGGGCGUUUCUGUGUCCCAACCAUAACAGACGCCCAGCAUCAAGCCAAAAAAGAUCACGAACAGUGACAGAUACCACCAGUCGGGGACUUCCUCGUAUUGUUGCAUGAGCUUUUCAUGGAUGUCAGGCUUGGACUUUUGCUUGAAACGGUCCCAAAUGUCUUUUCCGUUAUACAACAAAACAUGCGUGAUGACUGCAGAGAUGGAGGCAAAGGAAAGACCAAAAGACAGUGCGUAUGUGGUGGACAAAAACAGUGGAGAGUAAGUGCGGUAUGCAUCGGGGUCAAAGCGCUUGUCAGCAGUGAGGAUUCGUGUAACAUUGUACGAAUUACCCUGGUUAUCCAUAAUACCCGAAGAACUGAUUGGUAGAUACUCCGAAUACCAUUUGUUGCUGUAAUGAAUUCCGCAAGUGACAAUCCAGAAAAAGAAAGCUGUACCGAUGAGGAUGUUUGUAAGAGCAUCGGUAGGACAAACAAGUGGUGAUCCCAUGUAUGAACUGACUUGGUUCCAGUCAAAUGUCAUUGGCAGCAAUGAAACACCCGUUGUUUCACCAAACAAUUGAUUGACCACUGGGCUAUUCGGCCGAAGCCAAGUGACCCAGGCGAACAGCGAAAGCGCAGGGAAGAUGUACGAGGGGAACCAAUUCCAGACGAAUGCGCCGAUCAUAACGAAGAAGAAAAACAAGAAGGGACGAAUACGCCAGCCAUUGGCUACCUUCUUGCUGUCGUUGUGGUGCAACGUCUUAAUCAUAGUACACUGAACCAGAUUUCCAGGCCAGAUCAUACUCGCUGGACGCACAAGGAAGCGACGAGAGAGACCAGCAAGACCAUAACCAAUUAAUUGAGUUGCCAAUGUCAGACAAAUUUCGU